AUGACAGCCAAGACGGUGGAUGCAGUUGCAGAUGCGGAAGCCAAAGUGAACGAGGCGAACAAACACCCCACCCCCAUCCGAGGUAGAUCUUCAGCGGGGACGAAGGUGGUGGAUGUUACGCCACCUGUAGUCGCCGAGGAGGAGGCCAAAGUGACCGAUGAGAACAAAAACUCUACGCCCACACGAAUUCGAUCUUCAGUGGGGACGAAAGCGGUGGAUGUUAAGCCUGUAGUCACAGAAGAGGAGGCUAAAGUGAACGACGAGAACAAACCACCCACUCCGCCGAGAGAUGCGCCUGUUUCAAAAGUUCAGCAUCACGCUAUGCCAGCACCGCAUAAGAAGCGCAAACAGCCUCUGUUGAUAGCUGAAGAUUCCGUCUUCUUGCCGGUGCCUGAUGCGAAGACGACGGAGACGUUGGCCGAAGACCCAGUAGAACAAAAACGACCCGUUGUUUUGUUGGAGAGAAAUUCCGUUUCCGAUCUGAUGAUCAGUGAUGCGAAUUCGUCGGUUGCCAAGACCCAACACAGACGGCCGUCUGGAAACACUUCUCUCAGCGACGUAAGCUACACACACACACACGAUUCGUUGUUGUUUCCACAAUCGUUCUAUUCCUAUGCAUCGUGUCAGCAUAGUACCCCGGUUAACACAUCAUCCUGCACAUCAUUGUAUCUGCCAAAGAGAAUUGUCUUUUAA